AUGGGACCUGGUUUCUUUCCACACCAUUGGGAUAUUGUUGGUGCUGAUGUAAUCAGCUUAGUGAAAGAGUUUUUCGGCUCCGAAGAAAUGCGUUGUGGUCUUAAUGACACCAAUCUUGUUUUGAUCCCAAAAAAGAAAAACUUUGUUGUUAUGGGUCAUCUUAGGCCAAUAUCCUUUUGUAAUGUUCUUUAUAAGAUCAUCUCAAAAGUUUUGGCAAACCGUAUGAGAGAUUUGAUUGACUGUAUUAUCUCUGACACCCAAAGUUCUUUUAUUCUUAACCAUCUUAUCUCAGACAAUGUUAUGGUUGCCUUUGAGGUUAUGCACUACCUGAAACGAAAAAGAAGAGGUAAAAAAGGCUUCAUGGCUCUUAAACUCGAUAUGAGCAAAGCCUACGAUCAGGUUGAAUGGAGCUUAAUUUCUUAG